AUGUCCACAGAGUCCCUCGACGUCCCCAGAGUCCCCCGACGUCCACAGAGUCCCUCGAUGUCCCCCGACGUCCCCAGAGUCCCUCGACGUCCCCCGACGUCCACAGAGUCCCCAGCGUCACUCGAUGUCCCCAGAGUCCCUCGAUGUCCCCAGAGUCCCCAGAGUCACCUGAUGUCCCCAGAGUCCCCCGACGUCCCCAGAGUCCCCAGCGUCACUCGAUGUCCCCAGAGUUCCUCAAUGUCCCCAGAGUCCCCAGAGUCACUCGAUGUCCCCAGAGUUCGACGUCCCCAGAGUCCCCCGACGUCCACAGAGUCCCUCGAUGUCCCCCGAGUCCCCCAUUGUCCCUCGACGUCCCCCGGCGUCCACAGAGUCCCUCGACGUCCCCAGAGUCCCCCGACGUCCCCAGAGUCCCUCGACGUCCCCAGAGUCCCUCGAUGUCCCCAGAGUCCCCAGAGUCACUCGAUGUCCCCAGAGUCCCCAGAGUCCCCCGACGUCCCCAGAGUCCCCAGCGUUACUCGAUGUCCCCAGAGUCCCUCAAUGUCCCCAGAAUCCCCAGAGUCACUCGAUGUCCCCAGAGUCCCCCGACGUCCCCAGAGCCCCCAGCGUCACUCGAUGUCCCCAGAGUCCCUCGAUGUCCCCAGAGUCCCUCGAUGUCCCCAGAGUCCCCAGAGUCACUCGAUGUCCCCAGAGUCCCCCGACGUCCCCAGAGUCACUCAAUGUCCCCAGAGUCCCUCAAUGUCCCCAGAGUCACUCGAUGUCCCCAGAGUCCGACGUCCCCAGAUUCCCCCGGCGUCCACAGAGUCCCUCGAUGUCCCCCAAUGUCCCCCGACGUCCCCAGAGUCCCUCGACGUCCCCCGACAUCCCCAGAGUCCCCAGCGUCACUCGAUGUCCCCAGAGUCCCCCGAUGUCCCCAGAGUCACUCGAUGUCCCCAGAGUCCCCAGAGUCCCCAGCGUCACUCGAUGUCCCCAGAGUCCCUCAAUGUCCCCAGAGUCCCCAGAGUCACUCGAUGUCCCCAGAGUCCGACGUCCCCAGAGUCCCCCGACGUCCCCAAAGUCCCUCGAGUUCUCAGAGUCCCUCAUUGUCCCCAGAGUCCCCCGACGUCCCCAGACGUCCCCCGACCUCCUCAGGAUCUUCAGAAAUGUCACAUUUGA